GGCGGCCGCCUGUCGGCAGCGCCUGGCCAGGCACCGCCAGCCGCGGCCCGCAAGGUUCCACCUAGCCGCCACGCACCUGCACUACGAGCUGCAGUACGUGCACCUGAUGGCAAUUAGCAUCAACGCGCUGCUGAACAAGCCGCUGCCGACGCUUGAGGUCGCCUGCACACUGAAUGGCCCGUUGGCCAUGAAUCUGGGCUUCGGGCCGCCGGACGAAGGUGUGGACCAUGGCUGGCCCGCCGAUCUGAUCGAGGACACCGAAGUGAACCACCUGCUGGACACUGUGACGGCCGUCAUCGAGUCGGAGGUCGCCAAAGAGACCGGUGCGGCGAGUCGCCCUGCAGGGUACGCGCCGUCCCGGACCGCCGGAGCGGAUGACCAGGGGAGACAGUGCACGCAGUCGGGGAUGGAAACCGCCGAUGCUCAGGCUGGCGCGGCCUCAGAAGACUGCUGCCGUCCUGUGGCGGAGAGCCAGGUGUUGGAGCCUGCUGACACCGAGCCAGCCCGUGCUGAGACGGGUCAGGGGGUCGUCGCGACGGCGACCGUCGGCAGAGGCGGCCUGCACGUGGCCGACGCGCCAUGGAGGCUGCUCCGUCCGGAAACUGCAGCUGAUCUGCACCCGGACCUCCGUACCGUCCGGAGGGUGACCGCCGUCCUCAACAAAGUUCCGCUCAACGGCCGAUAUGCCGCCACCAAGAGAAGACUGCGAGAGAUGCUGGGGAAGGUGCAGGUGGAGACGGAGCUGGGCCUCUACACGCUGGUGGCUGCCGUGCAUGACAGGGCCGUGUCAGACGCACGCAGCGCCAGGAUAUGCGCCCUGACGUGCAUCAUCCUGGCCAACCUGCAGGUAGCCGUCGAGUUGAGACCGGGCAGAAAGAUCACCUUCUGUGAGAUGCUGCCUGACGUCGUCCUACGUUAUGUCAAGGAAGACAGAGAGAUGCAGCGCAGCCGACGACUUAUGGAGCUUCAGGAAGAAGAGAACAUCACCAUCCGGAGACAGAAGAUUCACGAUCUCAGAGUCGAGAAGGGCGAGGCUCACCGUCGCGCCAUGAACCACAUUUGCCUCGUUGGCUGCCUGUUUCGGCUGCGAGCGAUAAGCGUCGGGCACAUGUACUGGAGUAUUUCCGCGCUUCUGCGUCACAAACACGUCGGUUCGCUCCGGGUGGUCUGUGCCCUGCUGUCCCAGGUGGGAGAGAGACUGGAGAAGACGAAAACGGGAAAGGAAUGGAUCGCGGACCUGUUCAAAGAGCUAGAUGCACUGACGAAGAGCGACGCGUUGCAGAGCAGUACAAAGUUCUGGCUGAUGAAUUUGGUCCAGCUUCGAGCCCAAAACUGGGUCCAGUGUCGACACGACAGAACAGCUAGGACCACGGACAAGAGUGAGACGGGUGAUUGGAAGGGCUGUAGCGAUGCCAACAUGAUCGGGAAAAGUGCGUGAAUUGAAGGUAAGAGCGAGACAAGCGCAGGAAAGGUGCCGAGAAGAAGAGUGGUGGCGAGGACAUGUGAGGCGCUGAGAGAAGAAGAGUGGUGGCGAGGACAUGUGAGGCGCUGAAAGAAGAAGAGCGGUGGCGAGGACAUGUGAGGCGCUGAGAGAUGAAGAGUGGUGGCGAGGACAUGUGAGGCGCUGAGAGAAGAAGAGGGGUGGCGAGGACAUGUGAGGCGCUGAGAGAAGGGAAGUGGUGGCGAGGACAUGUGAGGCGGCGAGAAAAGGAGAGUGUUGGCGAGGACAUGUGAGGCGCUGAGAGAAGAAGAGUGGUGGCUAGGACAUGUGAGGCGCUGAAAGAAGAAGAGUGGUGGCGAGGACAUGUGAGGCGCUGAGAGAAGGGAAAUGGUGGCGAGGACGUGUGAGGCGCUGAGAGAAGGGAGGUGUUGACGAGGACAUGUAAGGCGGCGAGAGAAGGAGAGUGUUGGCGAGGACAUGUAAGGCGCUGAGAGAAGCAGAGUGGUGGCGAGAACAUAUGAGGCGGUGAGAACGUGACCGCCUGGCGGGAAGGAAUAUGGUGACGGUGGUGAAGGGGGGUUGAAGCUGGAAGCAGGAUCGCUAGCAAGAAGAGGACUUGUGCUGAAAAUGCCCCCGGCGACGGAGCAGGGUUGGAAAUGGGGUCGUUGACGUUGAGAUCAGACCAAACGGCGAGGUCACUUAU